CUCCCUGUUUCUUUUUUUCAGUUUCAAAAAAUAAAUAGCAUCAAUUUGAUUUCUGCAUCUGAAAAUUUUGCUCCUUUCUUCUCUCACUUGGUGAAAAAAUACGAGGGAAAUCCCAAUUUUCAAUUCAACGCGGUUUCAAUUCUCUCACGACAAGAGCUUCUCCAUGUUCCUACUUUAAGCCCUUUUCUACCUCACCCUAGGGUUUCCGGAUUCAUCUGAUCUUCGAGCUAUUCACUCAUGAAAGAGAAGAUUCAGCUCAAUUUCUCGCUGAGCACGUGUUUUCCAGCAUUUCUUGAGCCCCCUUUUGCGGUUUCGGAGCUGGGUCGAUUGGUGUGAGGAGCAUUUAGGGUUUCGUGUUUUCCGUGUUUUUCGGGGGGUUUUGAGGUACUUUUACAGCUACGGUUUGGAUUUGGAGUAUGGGGGGUUAAGAAUUCGAGUAAAGUUGGUAGUUUUCUUUUUGUUGCUUUGGAAAUUGAGAAUAUUUGUGAGUGAAUUGGAAGAGGGGUGAAGAUGUUUUACUCUCAGUUUAUUUUGGCGAAGAAGGGGCCACUUGGGACCAUAUGGAUAGCUGCACAUUUGGAGAGGAAGCUCAGAAAGAAUCAAGUGGCUGAUACUGAUAUUGGUGUCUCAGUUGAUUCAAUUCUUUUUCCCGACGUACCAAUCGCACUCCGUUUGUCUAGUCAUCUUCUGCUUGGUGUCGUGAGGAUAUAUUCGAGAAAGGUGAAUUACCUUUUUGAUGACUGCAGUGAGGCAUUGCUUAAGAUAAAGCAAGCUUUCCGCUCCACUGCAGUUGAUUUGCCACCAGAAGAGUCCACUGCACCUUACCAUUCUAUCACCUUACCUGAGACGUUUGAUCUUGAUGAUUUUGAACUACCAGAUAAUGACAUAUUUCAAGGCAACUAUGUUGACCACCAUGUCAGUAGUAGGGAGCAGAUCACUCUACAAGAUACCAUGGAGGGUGUGGUUUAUAGUAAUUCACAGUUCGGAUUAGAUGAGCGGUUUGGUGAUGGUGAUGCUUCUCAAAUUGGUUUAGACCUUGAUGAGGUUUUGUUAACAGACAAAGCAGCUACUUUGGAGCAUGAUGACAGCAAUGCUGGUCCUCAAGUGUCCCAUCAAAAAGAUGAAGUGAAAGAGGAGAUUGAUGAUUUCCCUGAUGCUGCUGAAGCCGAAGGUCCAUCUACUCCUGGACUUGAAGAGCCAAACUUGCUUGGUGCUCAGGUGGAUCAGGUAAAUAAUGAAGCUGCUAAUGAUGAUUUGGCAGACUUCAUGUCAAUGAAGAGCCAAAAUGAUUCUGUUGCACAUGAAAGGGAGAAUGAUAUAAUUGAUUCCUCCCUGCAAAAUAAUGUGAAACAAAAUGGUGAAGAUUUCCAUCAUGAAAAUAGUGACAGCGAAAUGGUUGACAUGGACAAAGAAAAAGAGGAACAAGAUCAUUUGGAAGGCAUGACAACAGAUCAAGAAAAUUUGAUACCAAAUAAUCAUGGUUCUGGAGCAACCGCAAAUGAAACUGUUUUACCUCCUAGUUCUCAUGUUACAUCUGAUCAAGAGAACCCCUCUGAUAGACUUCUAUCUAAAAUGGAUGGACCUCAAGAGCCAGAAUCAGAUGGCCAUUUGGAGGAUGUUCCCUCAUUGUCAAAGGAUGAAGUUCUGGAUGACCGUGAAUUUUCUAAGCCUGAGGGAAAUUUGAGUCCUGUCGAUGAAGCUAAAAAAUCCAUUGUGACAAGUCCUGUAGGAUCACCUAGUAAACCUCCAGAUGUUGAUGUUGAAGUUCAGCCCUCCCACGAACUGAUGGCAGCAGAGGCUUUAAACCAUGAUUCUCAUGAAGCUGAGCACACUGAGUCACUCCUUCGGCCAUGCAGCUCCCAUUUGACCCAGCCUUCUCCGUCACAUGUCGAAGGUGAGAAGUGUCAUGAAACUGAUGUUCCAGAUCCUGCAUUAGGUUACCAGGAACCUAUAGAGCCAUUUGUAUCUGAAGGAAAUCUGGAUUUGGGGAAGUCAGAUGAGCAACUUGGGAGCAAAACAUUUAGUGAUAAAGAAGAAAGCAUAGAGAAAUCUGCUGCUUCUGUGAUGCCAGAGCCUGAGAAACUGCUCUCCCUUCCUUAUCAACAUGAUGGUGAAGUAACUGAUAUGCUCUUGGAGUCUACUCCAGAUAAUCAGGGUGUAUCUGACAGCCAUACAGGUGCUGACAGAGGAAAAGGAAUCUCAGGCAAAAAGCGCAGUUUUACAGAAAGUACUCUUACGAUGCAAAGUAAUGAUUUGCUUGAAUCAUAUGGUGGGGCUCAAUCCAAGAGAAGUAGAGAGACUGUCCCUGAUGAUGAUGAUCUAUUGUCUUCCAUAUUAGUUGGUAGACGAUCUUCAGUAUUAAAAAUGAAACCCAGUCCAGCAGUCCCUGAGCUAGCAUCAACCAAGCGCUUUCGUAAUGCUUCUGCAACACGCCCUUCUGUUUCAAAACGGAAGGUGCUUUUGGAUGAUACAAUGGUCUUGCAUGGCGAUACAAUACGGCAACAGUUGACAAAUACUGAAGAUAUACGUCGCAUAAGGAAGAAAGCUCCUUGCACCCGUCAUGAGAUUAUAAUGAUUCAAAGACAAUUUCUGGAGGAUGUAAUUUUCAGUGAAUCAAUAUUUACAGGUUGGUCUCCUGAUUUGGUGGUUUUGCAAAGCGGGAGGGUAGAUUUCUCUGGUAUCAAGAUGAUUGAUGAUGGUUUGUAUAGUUCUGUCAAUGAAAAAACAAACGAUCUGGAGUCCCUUUCCAGAACAAUGGCCGAAACUCAUGACGCAGAAGGGAAUGUUGUUCCAGUGAGUGUCCAACCCCAAGAAGUAGCAGAAGUGCAGCCUAAUGAGAUCUCUGUUUUGUCUGAGAACCACCAAUCUGAAUUUAACUUGGGAUCUCAUGAUAUUGAUGCUCAUGAACAUUUUGCAAAGGAGCCUCAUGGUUCUCAGGAUGCUGAAAUGAAUAAUGCCGGAGUAAAUAUUGAGAUCUCUGAAGCCGAAAACUUAGGUGUUGCCCCUGGACCUGGGCAUGAAUCUUCAUCCUUAACUGAACUUGUUGAAAACAACCCUGUUGCAGAUAAAACCAAUGAUCUUGUUGAUUCUAUCCAUUCGGAGAUGGGCAUCCCAUCCGAUCAGAAUUUGAAUACAUCUAUUCUAGAGGAAGGGCUUGCGGAGGAUAAAGUCAAUAAAAGUGGGGUAGAUGCUAUUGAAAUUGCAGAACAUAGUAUGGAAGUUAGAACAGAAGUUCAAACAGAUGGAUUGGAAGACAAUGGUUUAUGUGCACCCUUGACUGCUGGUCCUCAGGAAGCCAAUGAAUAUCCUAAUAAUCAGGCUUCCUUUAAUGGAGACCUACCUACAGAAGAAAAUUGUAAUAAAAAUGAGGAUCAGAUUGCCCAUGACAAGGACACACUGUCUGGUUGUAUAGUUGGUGAAAAUACUGAAGUAGAUCGUCCAGAGUUUGCACUGCUUGUUUCAGAUGAGAAAGAGGGUUAUCUGAAUGAUACAGAACAUCCACUCUAUCAAGAAGAUGCAGUACAAAGUACAAUGUGGCCCGAGACCUCAGCUAUCAAGAGUCCUUAUGUAGAUCACAAUGAAGAAAAUGUCAUGAUUCCUGAUGACACAGGAUUUUUGAAUGUUGAUGAUGAUGAGAUGAUUGAUGAUGAUGAUGAUUAUGUACCAGAAGGAGGAGCCGAUCUUAGUGGAUGGUCUUCCCGGACCAGGGCUGUUGCAAAGUAUCUGCAGAUCUUGUUUGAGAAGGAUGAUCUAAAUGGAAGGCAGAAUAUUCAUCUUGACAACUUAUUAGCUGGUAAAACACGCAAGGAAGCAUCAAGGAUGUUUUUUGAAACCCUGGUUCUCAAGACAAGGGAUUAUGUUCAUGUAGAGCAGCCGAAACCGUUUGCAAAUAUUAACUUAAAACCUCGAACAAAGCUCAUGAAGUCGGAUUUCUGAACCCUACAUGUAGCAGUGGCAGAUAUAGUUGUAAAGAAAGAUUCAAAGCAGUGGUGGGUUGUUUUGACUGAAUGUCUUGCAGCAGGGUCUCCCCCAAACGUUUUAGUUUAUUAUGGCUUUUCUCAUUUAUAAUUUUUUGGAGAUAGGAGAAUUUAGAUAUUUAGUUUCUUGAAGUGGCUUGAGUAUCAUCCAUCUUAUUGAUUAAUAAUAGUAACAGAAUAUGGUAAUAUGGGUCUCUAAUGUAUAUAUUUUUGUAAAGUAUCGCCAUUUGUAACUCCCAGUCACUAAUCUUUAUGUUGGUUGUAGCAUUUCCCUUUAAACAAGAUUGAUAUUCUGCCUCUUCAAGCUUAUGUAACUUAGCUUGUGAUUUAGUUCUGUACCUAUUUUCUUUGUAUAUUAUGGUGCAAAUUCCUUGUUUGUUGGGAAAUUCACUAUGCAGUAUGCAGAAAGAAAUAUGAAUUUAUCUACGGCAGUUCAUAGUUAUAUUUAUUUA